AAGUACCUUGUUGAUUCUGCAAAAGAAACACCAUAGACACAGACGUGUUUGUAUAUUCUGGUUUCAGUUCAACGAAUUUAUGCGAUGUGUACCAGGCUGUUUAGUGAAUUUUUUAUCCUGCUGCUUUCAGUUAACUCUAGAGAUAAAUUGUGCUACGGUAUUACAGCGUCCUUUUAAGAAAUGGAAGAGAAAGAAAGAAUUCAGCUUGAACUUGCAUCAUUUCGUCAACAAUGGCAUGAUGAAAUUCAACACAAACAGGAGACUGAAGAGCAACCAAGUGAUAAACCAACAAACGAAGAUGAACAAACAGAGCAGAAGGAAAAUGAAAUUGAUAAGACUGUUUCAGAAAACAGCUUAAAAAGCAAGGAUACUCUUACAGUUACCCUUAAAGACAAUUUGGAAAAGAGAAAGAAGAAAAGGCUGCAAAGUUAUUCCUGAAAGGCAUUCAAAAGGAAAGAGAAAAACUAAUGUAUGAAGCAAUCUACUUCUACAAGCAAGCAGUUCACCUUGUCCCAGAUAUUGAAUCAAGAGUUGCUGAUUACCAGGCAAAAUUCAGCAAAGAGAAUGAUGAUAGCAGUGAUGAGGAUGAUGAAACUGAAGAGAUUGAGCCAGAUUAUCAAGCAAGUGCAGAGCUAGAGGCUGUUACAAAGCAGUUCAAAACUUUAGGUGUAGGAGACCUGUGUUCACAAGAAUUCCCCUCAAAGCAAACGCACAUUUCAGUAUUGCCUUCAGAGCUGCUGAUAUACAUUUUAAGAUGGGUGGUUUCAGACGAAUUGGACCUUCGUUCUCUAGAGCAGGUCUCGCUGGUCUGCAAGUGGUUUUAUGCUUGUGCAAGAGAUGAAUCUGUCUGGAGAACAGCAUGUUUAAGGGUGUGGGGCGUUCAUUGCGGUACACCGUCUGUAUAUGAUGGCUGCUGGAGACGAAUGCUGCUUGAAAGACCUCAUUUGCAUUUUAAUGGGGUUUACAUCAGCAAGAAUUCAUACGUCAGGGCUGGAGAGCAGAGUCUGGAUUCAUAUUACCGCCCCUUUCAUUAUGUCGAGUAUUUCAGAUACCUGCGUUUCUACUCGGAUGGCACAGUACUUGUUUGUACAACUCCUGAUGAUCCAACGAUUGCUAUCCCCGCUCUGAGAAAGAAGCAAGAGACUACUGCGGUAAACAGAGGCCAUUAUCGUCUUGUUGGAGAUGCAGUCAACAUUAUAACAAAAAAAAUCCAAAAGAGCCAAUCAGAGACAAGGAAUAGAAGACGCCAGAAUCCAACGAUUGUUCAAGAACACGUGUUUCAUAUGGAGCUAAAGUUGAGAGGAACAGGAAGACGCAGGAAUAACCAAUUGCAUUGGGGCAACUAUUCGUACUUGAUUAACAACAAAUCAAGUGGCCUGGGAUAUACCAAUCAGAUCGAUGUGCAAAACUUUAAGCCCUUCUUCUUCUCGAGGGUGAAGAGCUUCCACAGUGUCUCCACAGCCCCACUGUGAUUCAUUCUCCAUUUGUACAAUCUCAUCUACUGGCUUGAUAUUUACCUUUUCGCAAGAAUUUGAAUUUAGUAAUUAGUCAAAAUUUCUAGUUAAAGGUGGGUCUAUAAUCUUGCAUUGUAGCUUGAAAUGUUUUGUAAUUUGCUCCCUAUAUCAAUAUUAGCUUCGUCAUAUAAGUAAACAACGUACGUUGCAGACGUCUUCCCAUUUGUUUAACGUACGCUGUGUCAAUCUCUGAGUAACCCUGGAAAAUCAUGUUAUCUUCACUUGCUUUAGAAGCAAAAAUGAUAUACCGUAAAUCUUCGAAUAAGCGCCCGGGUGCUUAUCUUUGUACCUUCAAGGGAAAUGAAUUCGAAAGACACGCUUUUAUGUUCUGCUAGAUCAAAAACAGAAUUUCUUCACAAUCACAUACUAUCUGUAAUUUCGUUCCCUCCUUGUCUUCCUCAGUCUUGUGUGGACAGGCUUCAGCGUAUUACCCUUAUCCGGUUUAAACGGAUUGUCCUCUUCGGUAUCGGUAUUUACAUAUUUGAAAGAAUUAUGGAAGACGCAAAGUUCUAUAGUUUGUCUCUACACAGGUUAGUACUUUUCUUCGAAAGAAAAGUGGGUCCUUUUUAGCUACAUUUGUUUCCUUGUUUCCCGUGAAUUAAAUUGCAUUUUCGCUAAUUUUAAAAAUGUCCAAACAACAGACACAUAGAACAGUUAACAACGUGGGAACACAACGCUUUGCCUACGCCCAAGUCCACAAAUGCUGCCACAUUUAUGAACUGUGUAAUAUUGAUAAAUAUCAGGAAGAUGGCUUGAUCUAGUUUAUGAAAAUAAUUCAUGCAACAAACCUUGCAUUAAAAAUCCUUAAAGGAAUAUGCACUGAAACCAAACAGGGCUUAGAUGAAAUGGUGCUUGAAUUUAAGUCUUUCAAGGUUUGAACCGUUGCAUAAUUGUGAAGGGUUGCAUGAAUUACCACAAGAUUCUGGUGGAAACUGCGGACAAGAUAUUUAUCAAUCUUGCACAGUCCAGAAAUGUUGCAGCAUUUGUGGACUUGGGCCCAGGCUAACAACCGGAAUAUCUGUCACGCAGUAAUGCGUCAGAAUUGUUCCUCUCACUUUUUAGAAGCACAAAUUCCCCUCAUUCGCCUAGAAAUAGCGUUUUAAUGCUAGCUUUACAAGUUUUCUAAAUUCACCUUAUCAAACGACAUCAAUCGAUCCACACCGAAAUACAUGUCUAAUACCUGUUGGCUGGCUUCUGUUUGAUCGGCCUAGUUUUUGUUUACCCUACCCUAAAUAUAAUCGCAUUAAGUUUGAAAAAUUAAUGGUGAAAUAUGAGUUGUGGCAUUAAUUAAAAAUGAUUUGUUAUUGAUGGUGGUUGUAGUUUCAAGUAUUGUUGUGUUUAGAUUGUUAAA